AUGGCCAACGACCACAUUCUAACCCUGUCAUGUCCGGAUAAGCCGGGCAUAAUCCACGCUGUAACAGGUAUUUUUGCCAAGAACAACCUCAACAUCCUCGACUUGCAACAAUUCAGCGACCGGACUUCAGAGAAGUUCUUUAUGCGGGUCCAUUUUGGACCAGCCGACGACACCAAAUUCCUGAUACCCUCGUUCGAUGAGCUAGCAAGCGACAUCAAGAUGGACUACGAGCUCAGACCCGUGGCCGAGAAGCCCAAGGUUUUGAUCAUGGUCUCCAAGAUCGGCUACUGCUUGAACGACCUCCUGUUUCGCCAGAAGACUGGCCAAUUGGCCAUCGAGGUGCCAUUGAUUGUGUCGAAUCACCAGGAUUUUGAACCACUCGCCAAGAGUUAUAACAUUGCUUUCCAUCAUCUGCCGGUCACCAAGGACACCAAAGCCCAACAGGAAGCCCGCAUUCUGGAACUCAUUAAAGAGCACCACAUCGACUUGAUAGUCCUGGCGCGGUACAUGCAAGUCCUCUCACCAACCCUCUGUGAAGCCAUGUCGGGCAAAAUCAUCAACAUCCACCACAGCUUCUUACCUUCCUUCAAAGGUGCGAAGCCAUACCACCAGGCUUUUGACAGGGGCGUCAAAAUCAUCGGCGCCACGGCUCAUUUUGUGACGGCCGAUCUGGACGAAGGACCGAUCAUUGAGCAGAGGGUCACGAGGGUGGAUCACAGCAUGACGCCAAAGGAACUCGUCGACGAAGGGAGCAAUGUAGAGAGUCAGGUUUUAGCUGCGGCAGUCAAGUGGUGGUCAGAAAAACGAGUGUUUUUGAACGGGCACAAAACGGUGGUAUUCAACUGA